UGGUUUUCAUUUUGUUAACGGCAAAAUGGUAGCUUCUCCAUAACACUACGAGGACAGAACUUUACGGGGUUGUUUGCUAAUAAUAAGGGAUGGCCGUGCACUGGGUCUUAACUGCCAUCACUAGCCUAACUAGCUAUCAUCACAAGAAUACUGGAGGUUUAUGCUGUCGAUGCUGAAACUUCGACCAGGCGCUGGAACUCGUACGUUUCCUUGCUGAUAGUUCUUUGUGGCAGUCUCGUUACGAUUAGUUAUGAAUUGACUCAAUGGUGGGCUCUUUGCGUGAAGCACGGUCAAUCGGACGCACUUCCGCCGACCAAUGUGGCGGAAACUGACGAUGCUUUGAGAGAAAUUGUGAGCGUGACCAACUAUAUGCGCGGGUGCCGGCACUCGGGAAUUCGCGUCAUCAUUCCGCCGCGGAAAGCGCCAUGCCCCAUGCGCAUCACCUGCAAAUAUCUGACCAAAGACAAAGUGGCCAAUCCACCGCCGCUGAUGGAAGGGGAAGGACUGGUCUGCCGAAUUCUGGAGAUGGGCCCGUCGUCAGCGAAAUUUUUGGGACCCGUGAUUGUUGAAAUUCCACAUUUUGCAUCGCUUCGAGAUGGAGAGCAUGAAAUCACCAUAUUACGAAGUGAGAACGGACAAACCUGGCGCGAGCACACUCUGGAAGCUACCGAAGAAGCGGUGCAGAAAGUUCUCAGGGAAAGCUUUGAUCCUAAUGAACUGCGCGCAAUAGAAGACCUGCAGACCAACCGCAUCGUGCGCAUUCUCACAACGGACUUUCCGCUGUACUUUGCGAUCAUUUCCCGCAUCAAACAGGAAGUCCAUACUGUCGGUCCCGAUGGUGGGGUUAUCGUGUCCACCGUCGAAAACAAAGUGCAGGCGCUCUUCCCGGAAGGCGCUUUGACAAAGAAGAUUAAAGUCGGAGUGCAGGCCCAUGUCGUUCCGCUAGAUCUAGUGUCGCGUACGGGCAACCGCAUCGCCGUCAGCCCCAUCGUCACGGUCGAGCCACGCCGUCGUAAAUUUCACAAGCCGAUAAUGCUAACAAUCCCCCUUCCUCGUGCUGCUGGAAAGGGCAUGGUGAACCAGUGUACCAGUGAUUCACCCAAUCUGCGGCUCCUGUGUAGCAUAACAGGUGGCACCAAUCCAGCACGAUGGGAAGACAUCACCGGCUCGACGCCCUUGGUCAUCGUCAACGACUGCAUCCAAUUCACCACGACCGUCUCAGCGCGGUUCUGGCUGAUGGACUGCGGGCAUAACAUCAGUGAGGCGGUGAAACUCGGCCACACCAUCUACGCCGACGGUUGUGUGGUACCCUUUAUGGCCAAAUUCGUCGUCUACGCACGGCGCUUUGACAGCGAAGAAGCCCGGCUGCGGGUCUUCUGCAUGACCGACGAUAAAGAGGACAAGACCCUGGAGCACCACGAACGCUUUGUGGAAGUGGCCAGGAGUCGUGAUGUGGAAGUACUGGAAGGAAAGAAUCUCUACAUCGAAAUGGCUGGCAAUCUCAUUCCAGUGACCAAAUCGGGCGAACAGCUGCAUUUACGCUUCUAUCCUUUCCAAGAGAGCCGUCUAUCCUUCUUGGUAAAGGUCAAGAAUCCCAAUGAGAACGCUCAUGGCCGACUUGCAUUUAUGAAGGAUUCCAAGUCCGGGCGCAAUGAGAUGCCGCAGAUCCCCAUUUGCAAUCUCAACGUCCGCUUGCCCGAUGAGCUGAGACCGAUGGAGCCGACAUCAGCGAAAGACAGUGUCACCGUUGACCGACGACCAGUUUACAAGAAAAAGAUCAGUAAACCGGAUCGGUGCACCGUGCUGAUCCCCGCUUGCACGAUGUGGCUGAUCUCCUCGGCGAAGAUUGGCCGGCUCUGGCGCUGCAGUUGGGCUUCCGGGAUCCAGAAAUCCAGGCGAUCAAGAACGAGGAGCCAAAAAUCCUAAAGCAGGCGCUGAUUAUGCUGUGCCGCUGGGUGGAACGGCAUGGUCAGCCGCGACAAGCCGAAAACGAUCUCAAACAAGGGCUCCAGCGCAUCAAUCGGGAUGACAUUGUUAAUAAGAGCAUGUUCAAUGUCAAACUCCAGCAAGGAUGGAAAGAGAUCCCUAAACAACGAGAGCAACGCCCUGAAGAGAUAUCAGAAGCAGAACGGCAAUGGGAAGUCGAUAGUUUACAGCAGGCUGCCAAUCCUCUUAAUGCAACAGCAUUGCACGGAGAACCAUUUUUCAGUUCUGAUAACUGUAGCUUAGCUACGUUCCUCAUUCGGCUCAGUCGCCUUUGACCCCGACCGUUACCCGCCCGCCUAAUGCCGCUUCUCAGGCGCCGAUUCUAACGGCGCCUGUGUCUGCAGCAUCCGCGAAGGCUGUACCAACCUCGGGCCCUUUGCUUUCUUCCACAGCCUGCCAGUCUACCUUACCAAUGAAACAAGGACAAAACGUUUCACAAGGCGCUGCCGCAAGCGCUGUGCCAUCCGCGGGCACUUUAGUUUUCCCUGCAGCUUCCCCAUCCGGAAGCGCAUUACAGAUGCUUCCGAACCAUCAAUGUCCAGAGAAUAAUGUCAGCUGCCCACAGACACCGGUCUCCACGACACAUGGGUUGUUAAAUGCACCGAUUGAAAUACGGAUUCCAUUGGUUAUUCAUGUAUCUGUUCAACGGGAAGUGGAGAUGAGAGGUGGACGUCGUUAGCUGUGGUCUCGUAGCCAACAAGUGACAGUACAGCGUCAAUAUGCGUCUCUUCGGCACCACCGAAAGUCAGUUACCCGGUAGGAGAAAGUGUAAAAGUGACGAACAUUCCAAAGACUCAUGAGCUGGCUGAUACAAGCCGAAAAGGUGACAGUGCAACUACGGAAUGUCGCACUGUGACACCCCGGAAGACUGAGCCGGUGGAGAAACUGGUUAAAACGACAGCUGUGUCAGAGGGAUCUUCAGUAUUUGAUACAAACUCGAUAGAUCAAACUGUACGUUCCAGUGACUAUGGAAGUGACGACGAUAAGAUAAGUCUGAAGCGCCGGGACCGCCGGAAACCAGUUAAACUGUGGACACGCUUGGUGUCGGUUCUGCAGACGUUGACAAGAAAACUCAGAACGCGGCUCCCGUCGACAGUACCGAAUCUGUAAUGUCUUAGAAAAAAUAAUAAUGCACAAAUUUACUUUUUCAGUGUACAGGAAUGUUAGCUUGUGGGUAAGCGUUGAUUGAUGUGGACUAUGGAGUUCCU